AUGGAAUGGGGAUUCAGUGUUGAUAUAUGGAAUAUUGGCGUCAUGAUAUGGGAUAUAUUCGCGGACAAGCAUCUAUUCAAUGCCGUCGACGAAGACGGGGAUUACUCGCCAUCGCACCAUGUUGCUGAGAUGGUGGGGUUUCUUGGUCUGCCUCCGUUGUCGUUUAUCGAGCGAAAUCGGGAGACUCGGAAUGUGUUUACGGAUGAUGGCAAAUGGCUAGCCGCAGGCGGAAUCACCGUCUCUGCAACCUCACUCGAGGAGAUCGAGGAGAAUCUUAGUGGAAAGAACCAGGAACUGUUCCUCCAGUUCAUCCGAUCAAUGCUGCAAUGGGAGCCUGAGAGGAGGAAGACAGCGAGAGAGUUACUGGAUGAUCCGUGGUUGAACUCGACUUCACAUUCGUAG